GGGAGGAGGUGGUUACGUUGUAUCUAUUGUAUCCCUGGGCUUGUGUGUUUGUACAUUUCUCGGGACGUGAAAUUGAGAGUGAAAGGCAUGGCAGAUGAACAAGAAAUCAUGUGCAAAUUGGAAAGCAUUAAAGAGAUCAGGAACAAGACUCUUCAGAUGGAGAAGAUUAAGUCACGUUUGAAGGCUGAGUUUGAGGCCCUUGAAUCAGAGGAGAGGCACCUGAAGGAAUACAAGCAGGAGAUGGACUUGUUGCUACAGGAGAAGAUGGCCCAUGUGGAGGAACUCCGACUGAUCCAUGCUGAUAUCAAUGUGAUGGAAAACACCAUCAAACAGUCUGAGAAUGACCUAAACAAGCUGCUAGAGUCUACACGGCGGCUACAUGAUGAGUAUAAGCCACUGAAGGAACAUGUGGAUGCUCUCCGCAUGACUCUAGGCCUGCAGAGGCUCCCUGACCUAUGUGAAGAGGAGGAGAAGCUGUCCUUAGAUUACUUUGAGAAGCAGAAAGCAGAGUGGCAGACGGAGCCUCAGGAGCCCCCCAUCCCUGAGUCCCUGGCUGCUGCAGCCGCUGCUGCCCAACAACUCCAAGUGGCUAGAAAGCAGGACACUCGUCAGACAGCCACCUUCAGGCAACAACCCCCACCUAUGAAAGCCUGCUUGUCAUGUCAUCAGCAAAUUCAUCGGAAUGCACCUAUUUGUCCUCUGUGCAAAGCCAAGAGUCGGUCCCGGAACCCCAAAAAGCCAAAACGGAAGCAGGAUGAGUGAAGAGAUGGGGAAUACAUAGAGCUCUACUGCUCAUAACCCUUCCCCUUGGCCAGAAUGAUUAAUGUCCUGAUUUGAAACCACCCUACCCUACCUCUACCAAGUUUCCUAUUUAAUGUGAUGGAAGCACAACCCCUCUCACUUUGCUCUUAUUUCUUUCUUCUCUUGGAAUUUCUGAUUUAAGAAGAGAUAUGGUUCAGGCGCUAAUGACAGUGUGUCUGAUGAUACCUUCUUUCCCACCCACAUUUAAAUCCCUGCCCUUGUUUGAAGUUGAGGGAAGGACAGAAGACCCAGGUGUGAUUCUUUGCCUCUUGUGUCUGAGACUUGGGGCCUAAGGGCUGAGGGUUUGAAGAGGCCCUUGCUCCAGUGUGCCCCCCUCCUUAGGCUCUGAAAGGACAAUAGUAUUCUUGCAGGACUUUCCAAUACCCUUGGUGUAUAUUUCUCCCCCACUGCCACCCUCAUCUCAUUUCAUCUAAUCAAGGUCCAGAAGUAACUUGGACAAGGCCUCCUUUUCCUAUUCAUUUGGGAGGCUUGGCUGUUAUUAUGGAGUUCACUCCCACCCUAGUCUCCCAGAUAUACUAAAGUUCUCACAUACCAGGCUGUGUGUCUAGAAAUCCUGAGACUCAUGGGUCUUUCUCCCAUAACCCUAGCUUUUCAAAUCAGUGACAGAAGUUCCCCACUGUUAAAUUAGGGAGCCACAUCCACUCCACAGGUCCUUUAUAACUUGCUGCCUAAAUAAAUCAUUUGGGCUCUAAUGUAAGAGCUGGCUUAGGUUGUGAGGGACCCCAUGCCAACUUCUGUGUUGCCAAAUGUUCAAAACCAUUUUUGUUAAAAACCAUUAAUAUGGUACUUACAUACUGAUAUAUCUGAGAAUCAAGUGAGUGCUAACCAUUUCACACAGGUAGGAGGGUGGGACUUUCAUUCGUCCUUCCCUCACUUAGGUCUGCCCUCUUCUGUAAGGAAGCCUCAGCUCAGGUCAUCUGCUGGCCAUUCCCUAUCCUAUAGAUUCUCCAGGUGGCCUUCCCUUAGAAAAGAAAAGGCACUAGGCUUCCCAGGCCCUGUAGCUCUCUUCUCUACCAAAAUCAGAUGUCUAGUUAAGUUACUCUUAUACUUAAAGGACAGAGAUCGGAGUUGGCUGAGUGAAAAAGUUUUAACCCCAAGUCUCAGUCCCUGGCUAGGGAAAGGGGAAUAUUUUCCCUUCUUUCCUUAACUGUAGUUUUAAGUUGCUGGUGUUAGUGUGUUCAUAAUAUAAAAAAGUUCCUCUGAUCUUUGUAAGUAAGAGUGUUACAUCUGUACAAAUUCUUUUAAAUAAACAUUUGUUCAUUGGAGUGAA